CUUCUCUUCCACACCACACCACGCCGCUCCAAACCCCAAAGGCCCAAAAACCCAUCGAUCCCCUUUCGUCCUGCCCCAUCACCGAGCUCCGGCAGUCGGCUUGCCUGCCAUGGCCUCGCCGGCGCCGGCACCGUCGAGCGCCAGUCGUCGGCGCGGAUCCCGACCGCCCUCACCGACGGCCUCCUCGGUGGGAUCCUCGCCCGCAUUCCCACCCCGAAAAAGGAUCCGGUCCGGGCGUCCGCCUCCCUUCCUCGGGUUGGCCUGCUACGACGGCUUCUACCCCGCCACGGGGCCCCACCCAUCCGCCAAGCGCGCCAUCGCCCUCGCUCGCAAGGCCGAUUUCGAGUACUUUUUCGUGCCGUGUGUGCCGGAGGAGGAAGCCUGGGGCUGGUUCCCCCUGGACGCCCGCGACGGCCGUGUCCUCAUCCAGUCCAAGUACUUCCCCGAUGACCCCGACGGCGGCGGCUUCCCCCGCCCUCGCUUCAUGAACUACGCCGUGUGCGAUCCCCUGUUCAAGCGAUACGUGCUGCUCCCACCUAUACCUGACGACAUAACCCUCAAUGAGGGGAGCCUUCUUGAUUUUGGGAUCUGCCUUGCUCCCUCCCAAGAGGAUGAGGCCGAUAAAUCAUUCAGGGUGAUAUGCGUCGCGCGGUACAAGACCAAACUGGUCGUGCUCGUCUUCUCUUCUGUGACUAGGCAAUGGGGAAUCGCCACAUCUUCAAACUGGAGUUCUUUGGGCACAGAAGAGCCUCCUAACCUCUAUGGCUUGGGGCGCUUUGACUAUGUUGAUGGCUGCUUCUACUGGACAGUGCCUUCGCCGGACAAAAUUCUCGUGCUUGAUGCCCUCAAGAUGGAGUUAUCUGUUAUCAACUAUGCUCAUCGUGUGGAGGACGGCUUUCGGGCUUGCAUUGCAGUUGAUAGAGAAGGAACCCCUGGGAUGCUCACUGUUGGUGAAUACUUGGGGAAUGGAGAGUUUCGCUUCUCUCGCAUCGCGAAACAAAGUGACCAUGAAUCUCCCAAUGAACGCCUGUCGGAGAAUAUUAUACAAUUGCCCAGCUACUAUAAUGAGUACUUCACUUUAGGUGCAGCUGAGGGAUUUAUUUUCCUUCGAGGCAUUCCAGAAGAUGAGGAAGUUGAAGACUCUUCAUCACAGGAUCUUUACAUGGAACCUGAAGUAGUAGAAUAUUAUUCGCUGAAUGUCAAGACUGCUGAAUUUGAGAUGGUCUGCAUGAUGGACAUGGACAAGUGUUACAAUAAUGUUUGCCCAUACUUCCGCUUUUCAUCACCAUCGGCAAAAAAAUGUGUUUGAAGUGCGUUGGCUAAAGCGACUGAAUGCUGGUGAUCAAGAGCGAUUGGACUUGAUGACAAAGACGACGCGUGCGUGGACUGAAAAUUUCAUGGUGCAGCGACGGGUGGUUGUUUCGCUGGAGGAUUUUCUUUAGCUUCUAUUGGUCUGUUUUCUGGUGUUAGCUGCGUUGGUGUCUGGUUAGCGGUGGCGAAAACAUGACUGUCUUUCUGUCUGCUUUAGAAAACUGGUGUCCCCAGUUCGUUGGAGUCUGUAUCAAACUUCAUUUGCUUUCUUAAAAGCAGGGUUAUCCUGUUUG